AUGCUGCCUCUCCCUGCGGGAGGAGCUGGCGUGUGUCAGUUUCUAACCCGGAAGCCGAGUUCCAGUCCCUGCUGGGCUCACUCCCUGCAACUUCUCGGCUCCAAAACUCCCGAGAAAAAGUUUGUUUCUGGCAACUGCGUUCUGUCGUGCUGACUGCCCACCGCGGUGAAUCUCACAGGCCCUUCUGAAGCGGAACUCCGUGCCGAGGGUGGGCAGCAUCCCAUAAACACGCCCUUGGCCAAGGCAAAUCCAGCCAAAGAGAUUUCCCUCACUUGCUAUCUCGUGCAAUCCAGGAGAAGGAACACGGACAGCGGGAUUUUAGCCGCGGAGGGAGAACUCGGGUUUUUGCAGCAGUAGCGAGAGAGCUGUAUCCGGCAGCUUCAACUCCAAAACCCUGACUUCAAAAACUGAAAGCAAAUCUAAAACCCUGGGUCUGAGAUCGGAGAAAGUCAGACAGCAUCUGCAGAGAGAGAGCAAGAAUCGACCCAAGUUUAUCCUUGUACUGUGCAGGAUCCCAAUAUAGUCAAGUGAGCCCGCUCCUUGGGCCUGAGCAGACUUCAGCCGCCAUGCCACUGCCCAAAGAUAUUGUCAAGAUCGCAGUCCAGAUGCCUGGGGCCUAUCCCCAGUUGAUCGACCUCGAUCAGAAGAAGCCUCUAUCGACUGUCCUGAAGGAAGUCUGUGAUGUCUGGAACAAGAGUAACCCUGAUCAGUAUGCCCUGCAAUACGCUGAUGGGAUACAGACCUACAUCACAGAGACGAAUCGCCAUGAUAUAAAGAAUGGGAGUAUUCUGCGCCUGGCAACUGCCCCUAGCCGAGAGGCUGAGAACCUGUACACCGGCACCCAGAGCAACAACUACAAUGUGCGCUCGGACUCGCUGAAGAGCCUGGCGGUCCUCUCCAAGGAUAUCACCUUUGCCCAGGAGUUCAUCAGCAAGGAUGGGAUUGCUGUGCUCGUCCACAUUGUGGAAAAUGGCCACGACACUGGUGAGAGCCUGGCUCAUGCCCUCAAUGCGUUCAUCGAGCUGAUGGAACACGGAGUUGUUUCCUGGGAAACCCUCAACCACGUUUUCAUCAAGAAGAUUGCAGGGUUUGUGAACAAAUCUGCAAUGGAUGCAUCGAUCCAGCAGCUUUCGUUGGCGAUCCUGGAGAGUAUGGUACUAAGCAGCGGCUUCCUGUUCCAGUUGGUGAAGAGCGAGGUGCCUCUGGACAGACUUAUCUCUCACUUACAAGUGACAAACCAGAUGAUCCAAACGAAAGCAAUGGCUCUGAUCAUUGCCCUGCUGCUGAGUUCUAAGGAGGACGAGAGGAAGGAAAUGAUGGACUUCCUCAAUAAGAGAAACCUCAGGCAGUACAUUUUCAAGAACAUUAUUCUGAGCUCUUCCACAAUGAGAGAUGAAAUGGCUCACUACUUGUAUGUUCUACAGUCCAUUUCCCUUAACCUCCUCGAGCCCAGGACGAAGAUUCCAAUGGACCCUUAUAAUCAGGAGCAGAGGGAUAUGGUCCACAGGCUACGUCAAGCAGCCUUUGAGUCUGAUGCUGAUGGCUCUCCUGGAAACUUCAACGCAGACCGGCGGAAAUCUUUGUGCGCCAGAGAGUUCAAGAAGCUUGGCUUUCCUAACAGUGCCAACCCCUCCUUGGACUUCAGCCGAACACCACCUGGCCUCCUACCUCUGGAUAAUAUGACUUACUUUGCCACGCACCACACUGAUGCCUAUAACAGGUUUGUCCUGGAGAACAGCAGCCGUGAAGACAAGCACGAGUGCCCGUUUGGCCGGGGCAGCAUUCAGCUGACCAUCAUCCUCUGUGACAUACUCAAGAUCGGAGAUCCACCUUCAGAGACAGGCCAAGACUUCUACCCCAUGUUCUUCGCCCAAGACAGGGUUUUCGAGGAGCUGUUUUGUGUGUGCAUCCAACUGUUGAACAAGACGUGGAAGGAGAUGCGAGCCACACAGGAAGACUUUGACAAGGUUAUGCAGGUGGUACGGGAACAGAUCACACGGACGUUGGCCUCCAAGCCCACCUCUCUCGACCUCUUCCGCAACAAGGUGAAUGCUAUGAACUACAGUGAGAUUCUCAAACUCCGGCAGACAGAGAGGAUGCACCAGGAGGAGACCCUGGCACCACCAGUCCUGGAGUUAAGGGAGAGACUGAAACCAGAGCUGAUGGAACUGAUUAAACAGCAGCGUCUCAACCGUUUGUGUGACGGUACGCUUUUCCGUAAAAUCAGCAGCCGGCGACGCCAAGACAAGCUGUGGUACUGCCGCCUGUCUCCCAAUCACAAGGUGCUUCAUUACGGGGAUGUGGAGGAAAGGGAUGAGAAUCCAGCCAUCGAGCUUCUGCAGGAGAAGAUUCCUGUGGCCGAUAUUAAGGCUUUGGUGACCGGGAAGGACUGUCCCCACAUGAAAGAGAAGAGCACCCUGAAACAGAACCGAGAGGUGCUAGACCUGGCGUUCUCCGUCCUGUACGAUGCAGAGGACUACUCGCUGAACUUCAUAGCACCAACCAAAUAUGACUUCUGUCUCUGGACUGAUGGCCUGAAUGUCCUGCUGGGUAAGGAGCUCUACAGUGAGCAGACCAAGAGUGAGCUGGAGAUCCUGCUCUCCAUGGAGGUCAAACUGCGGCUCCUGGAUCUGGAGAACAUCCCCAUCCCAGAGGCUGCCCCGCCAAUCCCUAAUGCUCCAAGUAACUACAACUUUUGCUAUGACUACAGCCACACAGAGCACUGACUAUAUCAGGCUGGAAUCACAUCAAGAUUCAUCAAGGUCUGGGGUGGGCUUGGGGUCGUUGCAGAUUUUAUACAGCACAUGUAAAAAUUAGGUUUUGUACACAGCCAGUGACUCGAGUAUUUUCAUGUGCAAUAUUCUAGAAGAGACAAAAGGUACUUAUGAGGGAGGAAGGUGUGGCACACUUAGCUGAUAGCAAAGAUGGCUGCCCUGACACACUGGGCAAUUAGCUCACAGGAACCGGCCCAUCUCCGAAAGCAUGGUAAGCAGGAAUCCUGGGAACCUGAAGGGUGAGAAAAUGGUGGCAGCAUUCAGCAGGAGAUAUCUGAGAAGAGUGGCAUUAUGGUGGCUCAGUGGUUAGCACUGCAGCGUCACAGCAGCAGGGACCCCGGUUCGAUUCCAGCCGCAGGUGACUGUCUGUGUGGAGUUUGCACAUUGUCCCCAUGUCUGCAUGGGUUUCCUCCAGGUGCUCCGGUUUCCUCCCACAGUCCAAAGAUGUGCAGUUUAGAUGGAUUGGCCAUGCUAAAUUGCCCAUAGUGUUCAGGGAUGAGUAGAUUAGGUGGGUUUAUAGGGGGAUGGGUCUGGAUGGGAUGCACCAAGGAUCGGUGUGGACUUGUUGGGCUGAAGGGCCUGUCUCCACACUGUAAGGAAUCUAUGAUCUAUGAU